GUCGAUCAAGAGCUCCUGCGAAAGCGAGCUGAGCACAAUGAUGGAGAGCUCUCGACUCUGAAGGAAGUUACGUUGCAUCAGUACGAUCUCGAGAAAAUAGAGAACCUUGACGUCUACUGCCGUCAUCUCGAACAGCUCUUUCUCCAAAACAACCAAAUUAUGAAAAUUGAAAACCUGGGCAAGCUCAAGGAGCUCAAGUACCUCAACUUGGCACUCAACAACAUCACCGUCCUGGAGAACCUGGAGGGCUGUGAAUCUCUCGAAAAGCUCGACUUGACCGUCAAUUUCAUCGAAGACCCUACAGAUGUGCUGUCGCUGCGAAGCAAUAUACACUUGAAGGAACUGUUCCUCAUAGGCAACCCCUGUGCUGAGAAAGAGGGAUAUCGGAGCUUUGUUGUUCACACACUUCCUCAGAUCAAGGCACUCGAUGGACGAGAGAUAGAAAAAACAGAGAGAAUCUUAGCCGCACAGGAAUACCAAAAGAUAUCGGAGAAGUACUUUGCGGAGAGAAACAAGCAUAAGUCCUCAGCCUCGAUCGAAGUAGCCACAGCUGUGGCUCCAGCACAUGCAGGCCUGUCCGAUGUGUCAGUGCCGAAAAGUACUUCCACGUCAUCGGAUUUGAACUCUCCUUCAAAUGUCGAAGGCGGAUCAACUAUAAGCGAAAACCAUAGGCAACGGAAGCUGGAAGAAUUCAAUACAAAACCCGUUCCUCAUAGUAUUCAGACAAGGCUGGAAGCUGCGCGCGAGGUUGCAGACAUGCGCGGAGACAAAGUCAGGACUGUCGAUACAAAGCCUCCAAAGCCAGCCAAGUCGCUCGUGGGCAAAGAUGGUCGCAUAUUGCAAACCAACGAAGGAAAAUGGCCCUUCAGCGUCGAGUACACUAAUGCCGCAGUGGUCGCCACAGUCCAAAUUUCAAAGUUUCUGGAUUCGAGUCUCAUUGGUAUCGAUGUUCAUCCCACACACAUAAAGCUCACCAUCAAGGGCAAGAUCCUACAGCUGGUGUUCGACGAGGAGGUACAGCCAAGUAAAGUGAGCUGCGAACGCAGUAUCGCCAGUGGCGAGCUUGUCGUGACCAUGUUGAAGGUAGCGAGCGUUGAUGACAUCAUCGAUGUCUCAAAGGAAAUCAAGCGCAAGAGCUCAGAGGCACAUCGCAAGCAGUUUCAGACCGCCACUUCCAAAACGGCGAUCAGGCGGGGUCGAUGUGAUCACCUAUUUAUGCCAGAAGAGGCAGUGGACUUUCGCAACUUGACUCGGCGAGAGAAAACCUCUGAACCACUCCUGGCACCACAUACCCAUACAGCUGUUAAAGCCUGUAGCCGUAGCGACAGUGAUGCCGAGGACGAUGGCGUCCCUCCUUUGUGCUAA